UGGAUUGGCAAUGCAAGCGUUAGCCUGUGCCAGAUCGUCCGACAAUCCCCUGGUAUCCCGAAUGGCCUUGAUUGCCUCACCUUGCUGCAACGACUGAGGCCCCCUGACCAACUGGUAGCUGAUCACGUGAGCAUAAGUGGCUCGAGCUUGUGGUCGCAUAGUGACCGCGAUGCAGGUGUGCGACCCACCAGGGAGAUAGCCCUGUGUCGGUACCACCUCGACGGCCUCUCCAUUUCCUACGGGCCAAGAAGGCGGAGAGCUUGGCCAAGUCUGAGAGUCUUCAGUCUCUACGGCAGCACUCAGGGUGUAGUGCACAGAGGCCUAGGGGAUUAA